GGGAAGAAGCCGGUGAUGCUGUUCCUGCAUGGUGGCUCCUACAUGGAGGGCACCGGUAACGUGUUGGAUGGCUCUGUCCUGGCCACCUACGGCAACGUCAUUGUAGCCACACUCAACUACCGGCUUGGGGUGCCUGGUUUUCUCAGCACUGGGGACCAGGCUGCAAAAGGCAACUACGGGCUCGUGGACCAGAUCCAGGCCCUGCGCUGGCUCAGUGAGAACAUUGCCCACUUUGGGGGCGACCCCGAGCGCAUCACCAUCUUCGGAUCUGGGGCAGGGGCCUCCUGUGUCAACCUUCUGAUCCUCUCCCACCAUUUGGAAGGGCUGUUCCAGAAGGCCAUCGCCCAGAGUGGCACUGAUAUUUCUAGGUGGUCUGUCAACUACCAGCUGCUCAAGUACACGCGGCUGCUGGCGGCCAAGGUGGGCUGUGACCGGGAGGACAGCGCAGAGGCUGUGGAGUGUCUGCGCCGUAAGCCUUCUCGGGAGCUGGUGGACCAGGACAUACAGCCCGCCCGCUACGAUAUCACCUUUGGGCCCGUGGUGGACGGUGACAUAGUCCCCGAUGACCCUGAGAUCCUCAUGCAGCAGGGAGAAUUCCUCAACUACGACAUGCUCAUCGGUGUCAACCAGGGAGAGGGCCUCAAGUUCGUGGAGGACUCGGCGGAGAGCGAGGACGGCGUGUCCGCCAGCGCCUUCGACUUCACCGUCUCCAACUUUGUGGACAACCUGUAUGGCUACCCGGAGGGCAAGGAUGUGCUGCGGCAGACCAUCAAGUUUAUGUACACGGACUGGGCCGACAGGGACAAUGGCGAGAUGUGGCACAAGACCCUGCUGGCGCUCUUUACCGGCCACCAGUGGGUGGCACCGGCUGUGGCCACCGCCAAGUUGCACGCUGACUACCAGUCCCCUGUCUACUUUUACACCUUCUACCACCACUGCCAGGCUGAGGGCCGGCCCGAGUGGGCAGAUGCAGCGCACGGGGAUGAGCUACCCUACGUCUUUGGUGUGCCCAUGGUGGGUGCCACCGACCUCUUCCCCUGCAACUUCUCCAAGAAUGAUGUCAUGCUCAGCGCCGUGGUCAUGACCUACUGGACCAACUUCGCCAAGACCGGCGACCCCAACCAGCCGGUGCCACAGGACACCAAGUUCAUCCACACCAAGCUCAACCGCUUCGAGGAGGUGGUGUGGAGCAAGUUCAACAGCAAGGAGAAGCAGUACCUGCACAUCGGCUUGAAGCCGCGCGUACGCGCCAACUACCGCGCCAACAAGGUGGCCUUCUGGCUGAAGCUCGUGCCGCACCUGCACAACCUGCACACGGAGCUUCCGCCGCGCCCGCCCCCUGGUGCCCCCGGCACUCGCCGCCCCCCGCCUCCGGCCACCCUGCAGCCCGAGCCCAAGCCCGAGCCGGGCCCCCGGGCCUACGACCGCUUCCCCGGGGACUCCCGAGACUACUCCACGGAGCUCAGCGUCACCGUGGCCGUGGGCGCCUCCCUCCUCUUCCUCAACAUCCUUGCCUUCGCCGCCCUCUACUACAAGCGGGACCGGCGGCAGGAGCUGCGGUGCAGGCGGUUCAGCCUCCCCACCCACCGCCCCGGCGGCUUGGGCACCGGCGUGCCCGGCGGGGGCACCCUGCUCCCUGCUGCCGGCCGUGAGCUGCCACCCGAGGAGGAGCUGGUGUCGCUGCAGCUGAAGCGGGGCGGGGGCGUCGGCGCGGAACCUGCGGUGGCCCUGCGCCCCGCCUGCCCGCCCGACUACACCCUGGCCCUGCGCCGGGCGCCGGACGAUUUGCCACUCUUGGCCCCCGAGGCCCUGACCCUGCUGCCCAGCGGCCUGGGGCCACCCCCUCCCCCGCCGCCCCCCUCCCUGCAUCCCUUUGGGCCCUUCCCCCCGCCUCCCCCCACCGCUACCAGCCACAACAACACGCUCCCCCAUCCCCACUCCACCACUCGGGUAUAGGGGGCGGCUCGGGGAGGCCCCCCUCCCCGGCCCUCCCGGCCAGCUCAGAAGGCAGGGAGGAGGACUUGGCGACAGGCUUUUGUCGUGUGGAGCUGUGACACAUCGAGGAGCUUUAGGUGGACAUGGGUUUCCUC